AUGUCUAUGCCUAUAAGAAUAAGAGACUGCAAGUUAUAUGGACAACCUUUCAACUUGAGAGGUGUCACCACUCAUAAGCAGAUGUGCUUUUGUCAAAAUGCUGAGCAAGAGAGAGAUUGGGCCUUCAAGGCCAAGCAAUAUAGAGCAACAGUACAUCCUGCUGCUAAGGCAUCAGGCCCAAUCAUUAACCAAGCAUUUUUAUCAGGCAAUAAUACAACAGUCACAUCACACUUUGAGGACUAUGGGUAUCAAGUCAAGGACCACAUAUGGGUCUUUCACAAAAAGACAUCUAUUCAUGUACCAUUCAAAAACACAGUCCAGAACUUUGAUAUCUAUGUGAAACCACUCUGGGAAUGGGCAUUGGAUUUUAUAGGAGAUCUACUUCUGAGUCCACACUUUGUGUGGGAUGCAGAAAAAAUCUUGAAGUUCAAUGGAACAAGAUUUAUGCAUAUAUAUCAUGAACCUUGGACAGCAAACAGCUUCUGGAAUGUUCAGACAGAGUAUCCAGUAAUAGCAUGGUAUGGGAACUUGCUAGUUGGAAUUCAGAAUAGUGAAGGUACCUUGGGUGAAGGUUAUGUUUUUGGAUGGCUUCCAAUUGUUGAGGAAGAUUCAGCAGAAUUAUCAACACCAGGAUGGGCCAAUUUCAAGAAUGUUAUAUGGCAUAGUGCAUUUUAUAAGCUUUUGGAGACAAUUAUCAAAAUCUUGAAGACAGGUUAUCACUUCAAGUGUGGUGAUAAUAUUAUAUGCUAG